AUGUCGAUGCUGGCUGAGCGGCAGUGGAUGCAGAAGUGGACUGUGGAUCCAAGAAACACUGCGUGGAGCAAUGACGAUUCCAAGUUUGGUCAGAGGAUGCUAGAGAAGAUGGGGUGGUCUAAAGGAAAGGGUUUAGGGGCUCAGGAGCAAGGAGCCACAGAUCAUAUUAAAGUUCAAGUUAAAAAUAACCACCUAGGACUUGGAGCUACGAUCAAUAAUGAAGAUAACUGGAUUGCUCAUCAGGAUGAUUUUAACCAGCUUCUGGCUGAGUUGAACACUUGCCAUGGGCAGGAAACAACAGACUCCUCAGACAACAAAGAGAAGAAGACUUUCAGCCUUGAAGAAAAGUCUAAAAUCUCCAAAAACUGUGUUCACUAUAUGAAAUUCACAAAAGGGAAGGAUCUAUCAUCUUGGAGCAAAAGAGAUCUUGACUGCAUUUUUGUGAAAAGACAGAGUAAGAAGACUCCUGAGGAUGAUGAUUCCAGCCCUUCCACUCCAGAUGGGAAUGUAUCCUCCACUACAAUGACCAGCGCCUUCACCAUUGAGGAGUACUUUGCCAAGUGGAUGGUGGAGCUAAAGAAUAAGCCACAGGUCAUAGCAGCAGGGUCUGACCUUGAAGAGAACCGAAUAGAAAGAAAAAGGAGAAAGAAGAGAAAGAAAAGGGCAAAAGAUAAAAAUGUGGAGACUUACACCGAACCCCAGGCCGAGAAGAAUAGAGACCAAGUUGAACGGCAGCUCGGAGACCUUUGUUGGGAUGGGAAUUCUGGUGUUUCUGCUGAGGAUGGAGAGGAUUGUGUGUGGCCCCCUGAUGACCAGGACAUUACCCCAAAGCCCAAAAAAAGGAGAGAAAAGAAAAACUACAAAAGCAAGUUGAAGUAG